AUGACAUCAAGCUGUGGGCGCCGAGCCCGCGAAGAAUUUCUGCCUGAAGAAGUGAAGGAUGAGUGGUGCCCUUUCAAGCGUAGGAGGCUGGGUGAUCCUGACAUGCCACACAACGGUAGGGGUCAUGUGUACAUGAGCCGCUUUCUGGGCACUGCCAUCCCGAACAAGAUGCUGAAAGCACACCCUCAGGUAGUCCCUGCGUACUUGCAAGAAUUGAAGAGUGACCUGUCUGGACUCUUCAAUCAGGGGGUGGAAUGUGAGGGACAUGUUUACCGGGCAGCUCUCAUUGGAGUGAAGGGCGACUUUGAGUAUCAUCUGGAAGUGACAAAUUAUUCGAGGUCAUACACCCAUGAGGGCCCGACCAACCCUCAGGCAUUUUGCCCUGAGUGCAUGGCAGGCUCUGACGAGAGCCUGCCAGGAAUUGACCUUCGAGACCCUCCUGCAUGGUUGAGUAGCUUGUACACUAGUGACCCAUGGUCAGUGGUUCCCCCUCUGAGUGAGAUCCCGUUCAGCGAAAGCAAGAAGGCAACCCUCUAUAGGAGGGAUGCCUUUCAUACUCUCAAGCACGGUUUCUUGCGAGACCUAUGCGCCAGCUGUAUCAUUUGGUUAGCUCACCUUCGCUUCUUUGAUUCGCCUGGCGACUCCUGGUCGCUUGCUACACGCCUGGAGAGGGCACACAGCAGUUUCCACUUGUACUGCCUGGCUUGCAAGAAAUCGCCUUCCCUCCGCAAAUUCACGAAGGCGAAUUUUCAUCGCCACAAGGCAAACAUGUUCCCGUUCCUUUCUGGAAAAGGAGCGGACACCUUGAUCGUUCUGGAGUGGCUCCGUUGGUUCAUCAAGUUGCUUUUGCGUGAGCCCCGCAAUAGCUCCAAUGAAAUUUUAAUGGCCAUGUUGCAGACCGCGGAGGCUGCUCUGAACUAUACGGGCGUAGCCAGCUCUCACAACAUCUUGAUUCACAAGAGCUGUGCGAAGUACCUUUUGAGAUGUGGUUUCAAGCUGUUGAAAGGCUAUGCGUUUUUGGCUUCCAAAGCCAUGAGCGAGAACCGUCGGUUGUUCUCGCUCCGACCGAAAGUGCACUUCUACCACCACUUCCUGAUUGACCUGCAGGAACAAAUUCGGGCGGUCAAGGAGCAAGAUGAAGAAACCCCGUGCAUCCUGAACUAUGCUGCAAUCUUUAAUUGUGAAGCCAAUGAGGACAUGAUAGGAAAAAUUGCAAGGGUAUACAGGGCGUUUCAAUGA